GUAUGCAUAUAUAAUAUUUAAUUUUGUCAAUCUGUUAAAGAAGCUCGAAAACAGGGUAAAGAGUUUUCUUUUCGGAUUUAAAGAAUUUUAAUAGGUUUGGAUAACAGUAGACUUGCACUAUAAUCAAUAGCACUAAUAAAAAAGUCAAAACAAAGAAUGGCAGUUCCAUCACUGCACAAAAGCCAAAACUUGUAGUGAAUCAUCAUAGCUUUGAUUUUCCAUUGCAAACUCAAACCAACUACGACUUCAACACCAACUAUUGAAAACUGCUAGAAUCUCAAACACCCAGACUCAAAAUCAACAAACAAGUAAACUUAAAAAAUGGGGAUUGUUAGCUUGCUCGGUGUGGUGCUAUUAUUGGGGAUUUUAUGUGCAGAAUCCAAGUACAUGGUUUAUAACACUUCUUCAGGAAUAGAUGCUGGGAAAAUCAAUGUUCAUCUGGUUCCGCACACCCAUGGUGAUGUUGGUUGGUUAAAAACCGUUGAUCAGUACUAUGUUGGCUCCAACAAUUCUAUCCAGGGGGCUUGUGUGCAGAAUGUACUGGAUUCUAUACUGCCUGCCCUGUUGGCUGACAAAAACCGGAAAUUCAUUUAUGUUGAACAGGCAUUUUUUCAGCGAUGGUGGAGAGAUCAGAGUGAGCUAAUUCAGAGUAUAGUCAAGAAACUUGUCAGCUCGGGUCAACUAGAGUUCAUAAAUGGAGGCAUGUGCAUGCAUGAUGAGGCAGUAACACAUUACAUAGACAUGAUUGAUCAGACAACUCUUGGACAACGAUUCAUUAAAGAGGAGUUUGGUGUCACUCCAAGAAUUGGAUGGCAAAUUGAUCCUUUUGGACAUUCUGCAGUGCAGGCUUACUUAUUGGGAGCAGAAGUUGGAUUUGACUCAUUUUUCUUCGGCCGCAUAGACUACCAAGACAGGAUUAAGCGAAAAAAAGAAAAGAGUCUUGAAGUUAUUUGGCGGGGUUCUAAGAGCCUGGGCUCAUCUGCUCAGAUUUUUGCUGGAGCAUUCCCACAAAAUUAUGAACCUCCACGAGGUUUCUACUUUGAAGUUAAUGAUGAUUCCCCUAUUGUUCAAGAUGAUAUCGAUUUGUUUGAUUACAAUGUUCAAGACAGAGUGAAUGACUUUGUUGCUGCUGCAAUAGCACAGGCAAACGUAACUAGAACAAAUCACAUAAUGUGGACCAUGGGAACAGAUUUUAAGUAUCAGUAUGCACUCACUUGGUUCCGGAACAUGGACAAGCUUAUUCACUAUGUGAAUAAGGUUGGUUUUGAACUCUACUCUACUCCAUCCAUAUAUACUGAUGCUAAAUAUGCUAUGAGCAAAUCUUGGCCGCUCAAAACUGAUGACUACUUUCCUUACGCAGAUCGUGCAAAUGCUUACUGGACAGGAUACUUUACAAGUAGACCAGCUCUAAAACGCUAUGUUAGAACAAUGAGUGGCUACCAUUUGGCUGCACGGCAACUUGAAUUUUUCAAAGGGAGAAGUGAUUCAGGGCCCAAUACAGACUCAUUGGCAGAUGCUUUGGCUAUUGCUCAACAUCAUGAUGCUGUUACAGGUACAGAGAAGCAGCACGUGGCCAAUGAUUAUGCAAAAAGACUGUCAAUAGGUUACGCUGAGGCUGAGAAGGUUGUUGCAUCAUCGCUUGCUUGCUUGGCUGAUUCAAACUCAUUCAUUGGAUGUGGGGACUCAACCACCAAUUUCCAGCAGUGUCCACUUCUGAAUAUAACUUACUGUCCUGCAUCAGAAACUGACCUGUCUGAUGGAAAGAAGUUGAUUGUUGUGGUCUACAAUUCUUUGGGGUGGAAGAGAGAGGAUGUAAUACGUUUUCCUGUUGUUAAUGAAGAUGUAAUUGUUCAUGACUCUGAGGGAAGAAAAAUUGAAUCACAGCUUGUUCCAACAGUUGAUGCUUAUGUGGACCUUAGGAACUAUUAUGUUAGGGCAUACUUAGGUAGCAACCCAAAUGCUGUACCUAAGUAUUGGCUUGCAUUCACAGUAUCUGUACUACCUCUUGGCUUCAGCACUUAUAUCAUCUCUACUUCCCAAAGGACAGGAGCUGGAUCGACCAAAUCAGCUAUAUAUAAAUUUCAGAGGGAUGAAAGAUCUGCUGUUGAAGUUGGUGAAGGAAAUUUAAAGCUUACUUUUGCUGUGCCUCAAGCGAACCUGAUAAAUUAUAUCAACAGCAGAAACUUGGUCAAGGAAUCAGUGGAACAAUCAUUUAGUUUUUACAUUGGAUAUAAUGGAUCUCUUGACAAAGAGCCACAGAACUCUGGGGCAUAUAUCUUCCGUCCAAAUGGCACAUAUCUCAUAAAACCUGAACAGGCCUCUUUGACUGUUAUUCAAGGACCAUUAAUACAUGAGGUGCAUCAACAGAUCAAUCCGUGGAUAUUUCAGACUACUAGACUUUACAAGGAGAAAGAGCAUGUUGAAGUUGAGUUCAUUGUUGGGCCUGUUCCAAUUGAUGAUGGAUUUGGCAAAGAAGUUGUAACUCAGAUUACUACUUCUCUGGAUAACAGUAAAACAUUCUACACGGAUUCUAAUGGACGUGAUUUUAUCAAACGGAUUCGUGAUUUUAGGACAGACUGGGACCUGGAAGUAAACCAACCAUUUGCUGGAAACUAUUACCCGAUUAAUUUAGGAAUUUACAUUCAAGAUAGUGAGAAAGAAUUUUCAGUAUUGGUAGAUCGAUCUAUUGGAGGAUCUAGCAUAGUGGAUGGACAAAUAGAGUUGAUGCUCCACAGGAGGCUGCUACUUGAUGACUCCAGAGGUGUUGCAGAGGCUCUAAAUGAAACGGUCUGCGUUCGUGAUGAUUGCAGAGGACUAGCUGUUCAAGGAAAAUAUUAUUACAGAAUUGACCCCCUAGGAGAAGGUGCCAAGUGGCGUCGUUCUUUUGGCCAACAGAUAUACUCACCCCUCCUGUUAGCAUUUGCAGAAGAGGAUGGAGAUAACUGGAUGAGUUCUCAUAUACCGACAUUCUCAGGGAUUGACGACUCCUACACUUUACCUGAUAAUAUUGCUGUUAUAACUCUUCAGGAGCUUGAUGAUGGAAAAACUCUGCUUAGAUUGGCACAUUUGUUCGAGAUUGGAGAGAACAGUGUUCUUUCAGUAGUGACUAGUGUGGAACUGAAGAAGCUAUUUCCAGGCAAGAAGAUUGCCAAGGUGACAGAGGUGAGCUUAUCUGCGAAUCAAGAAAGAGAAGAAAUGGAGAAGAAGAGACUUGUUUGGAAAGUAGAAGGGUCUUCAGGAGAAAAUCCCAAGGUGGUAAGAGGUGGACCUCUUGAUCCAAAAAAACUGGUGGUGGAGCUUGCUCCAAUGGAAAUUCGUACCUUUUUCAUCGAAUUUGAUCACACUUCCUUCAAGAGAAAAUUUGAUGCUUAAGUGGCUGCAAAAAUGCUGGACGGCAUUUUGUUAUUAAAGAAGGCGUCGUCUGUUGCUACCUUUGUAAUCCAUGCAUUCUGAUUAAUCCUCUGUUGCUGCACUUAAUCACUUGGUUUGCUUCUGAACUGAGAGCUAAUUUUGUAUAAUCUGCUAACUCUUCUGGCACUGUGACUGUGUGAAUGCUCCCCGCAGAUGUUUGUAAAUGAGAAAGUUUUCUCCUUUACUGACUCUGUCAUGGCCGCAUAGGAUUCUGAUGCACUAAAACUCAAGUCAGUCUAAAAUAAAAUGCUGUUGUUUGCAAAUCUUAAUUGUUCCUUUAGAUUUAGAAGCCAAACUUGCUAUGGCAAACAGAAGAUCCAGUCCAGUUAUGUCUACAUCACACUUUCACAUUUGCUAGAUCCAGAAAGGCAGCAGCAUGCAUGAGCAUGAGCCCAAGUGAUCACAAAAACUCAAAAACGAAGUACUGCAUGUCUUUUGCAUAAAGGUGGCACUAUUGAUUUCUAAAGGGCAAAAGAAACAUGAGGAUAGUGAAUAUAUCUAAUAAAUUCAUCUCGUCUUUCAUGACCCAAGAAAAAAACAAAAAGGGUUUUGGGGGGGGAAGGAGGGGAUAUUAGGAGGAAUAAACAAAGAUAACGAGGGUAUUGCAGUAAUUAAUGGAGAAUCUAAAUUCUGUCAACGUGCGGCAGAUUCUCUCUUUCUCUCUCUAUAACAAUGCGUGAAAAGCCGCAAAGGCCGAAACGCUAAGGCCAUCGCAAAACAACACUCGGAAACGAAGCUUUGCAAAAUUUCAUGUCCAUCUUGCCCUCACAAGCUCAAGGUUCCAAAGCGUCGUCAUCUCAAUAUCUCUCUCAAAACCCUAAUUCCAAUCAUGGCAACUACCAAACCUCUCCUCCUCCAAUUCUCCUUUGGAUCUCUCCACAUCUCUGAUCCUCCUCUUCCCUUUCCUCUCUCCAAUUUCCCUCCAGGCCCGUUGGCUUCCGUUGCACAUGGUUCAGCUGGAUCCUCCAAAGAG